GAGAACAUCAUUCGAAAUCGGUUUUUGCAAAGAAAAUGGCAUCGAAUCCGUAUAAGCAGAAAGUUGUCAGCCAGGAGGAACUCGAUGCAGCAAAGACAAUCCUCGCUCUGGGUAUGACAUCGCCAGCUACCCAGCUUUACAAAGAGGCAUCUUCUUCGAAGGCGCUCCCUGGUGAUAAGGAAAACGCCGGAAAUUCGCCCGACUCUGAAGACCCUAAUUGGUUCCUGGAGGUAGAUAAGUCUGAGGAUGAUAGGAACCCAGUUGCCGGGGCACCGCCAGGUCCAAAUGCCUUGAGUCCAGCACAAGACAACAACUUUAAAAUGCACAACUUGAGGAGCAAGAGAAUGGCCAGGGCUGCGCAGCCCUACUCGAUACCCAAUAGGCCUGCUGAAGGAUUCAAUUAG